UUUUUUUUUCAAUACUUAUACUAUGGGAAAAGACGCAACAAAAGGAAAAGGUGCCCGUGCUCAAAGACAUGAUCCUCUUCAUGUCCAGUUAGCUGAUAUGCCAGAAAAUACCCUCAUGAAGAAAGCACCUCGUCAAAAGUUUAUUGAUCGUAACAGCAAGGAAGAAGAAACAGGAGAGGAAUACUUGGAUGCCAAACUAUCGAAGAAGAUCUUGAAGAUCGCUAGAGAACAACAAGAACAAAUUGAAAAGCAAGAAGCAGACGAAGAAGAAAGAGAUCCUGUCAAUAAGGCCAAAUUCCCUUUAGGUUUUGAUCCUGAUGAAGAAGAAAUUGAUGAAGUGGAUCAAUAUGGAGAUUAUGAAGAACUUGAAAUUGAUGCUGCUGAUGCAGACAUUUUAGAAAAGUUCUUACCUAGUGCACCUAAACAGAAAAAGACAUUGGCUGAUUUGAUUAUGGAAAAGAUCAAUGAAAAGAAUGCAGCUGAAGGUCGUGAAGCAAUUGAAGAAGAAGAUGAAUUGUCUCCUUCUAUGAAUCCUAAGGUUGUUGAAGUCUACACCAAAGUGGGUCAAUUGCUGAGUCGCUACAAGUCUGGUAAAUUACCCAAGGCUUUUAAGAUUAUUCCUUCUCUACCCAAUUGGGAAGAAAUCUUGUAUUUAACAGGCCCUGAAUCAUGGACCCCUCAUGCUACUUAUGAAGCUACUCGUAUGUUUGUAUCUAAUUUGAAAGCCAAGCAAGUUCAACGUUUCUUUGCUCUUGUCUUGUUGGAUCGUGUCCGUGAUGAUAUUCAAGAAAACAAGAAACUGAGCUACCAUUUGUACUUGGCACUCAAGAAAGCAUUGUAUAAACCAGCUGCAUUCUUCAAGGGUAUCUUGUUCCCCUUAUGUGAAUCAGGCAACUGUACCCUAAAGGAAGCUGCUAUCUUGGGCAGUGUGUUAGCCAAGGUCUCUAUUCCUGUCUUGCACUCUUCUGCUGCUGUCUUGCGUCUGUCUGAAAUGGAAUACACAGGUCCUAAUUCAUUGUUUAUCCGUAUCUUAUUGGACAAGAAAUAUGCUUUACCCUUCAAGGUGGUGGAUGCCCUUGUGAUGCAUUUUGCUCGAUUUAUGAACGAUGAGCGUGUUAUGCCUGUUCUUUGGCAUCAAUCCAUGCUUGUGUUUGUCCAACGUUAUAAAAGUGAUUUAGUGAGUGAACAAAAGGAUAUUUUAUUAGAAGUUGUCAAGCAUAAAUUCCAUCCUGGUAUUACACCUGAAAUACGUCGUGAAAUUGUUCAUUCUGAAGCAAGAGAUGUCAUGUUAACUGAAAGAGAUGAUGAUGAUAUUAUGAUGAUGGAUUAAAGAUGUAUAUUUCCCCCCCCCCCUCCCUUAUAUUUUUUUUUUUUUUGCAGCGC